CCGAAUUUUGCCUUAUUAGGUACUAUAAAAAAAAACUAGCUUUCAAACAAGUUACUAAAUCGUAUAAAUUCAUAUUAUUGCCUUAGAAUCAUAUUGUUGCUGUUCGCGAGUGCAGUGUAAAUUAAGCUUAAUUUACCUACAGGGAAAGUACCGCUGAUCGAAUAAAUCAUAUAUAAUCAACGAGCCGUCGAUAUUUCGUUACAAUCGGGAUUAAUACGUGUUACAGUGUAUAUAUAUACGAGCUGCAGCAAUCAUGAUGCGAUUACUGAGAGUACUUUUUUGUGCAUACAUCAUGGUUGUAAUUGUGAACGCGAUGCCAGAACCGAAGGAUCCAAGAGUUCCAUUCAAGUUCUACAGUCGUCAGGACUGGGGUGCCGCACCGGCAAACGACACGGUACCACUGAACACACCAGUACCGUACGUGGUCAUCCAUCACACCUACAUACCAGGAGCCUGUCACACAUUUGAGGAGUGCUCCAGGAGCAUGCUCUCAAUGCAGAAUUACCACGGUGUCACUUUGGAUUGGGGUGACAUAGGUUACAAUUUCUGCGUCGGCAGCGAAGGAGGUGCCUACGAGGGUCGUGGUUGGAAGACAAAGGGUAUCCAUGCUGGUCGCGCUAACGGCAUCAGCGUGGGCAUCUGCCUAAUCGGUGAUUGGAGAUCUGAACUGCCACCUUCCAUGCAACUUGAAACGACGAAGGCUCUUAUCGAAUCUGGCGUAGAGAAAGGCUUCAUCAGACCAGACUACAAGUUGGUGGGCCAUCGACAAGUGAUGUCGACGGAGUGUCCCGGCGGUGCGUUAUACGAACACAUAUCUGGUUGGGAACACUUCUCACCCACAUUCGUACCAAUGAAGGCUUAGAAUUGGUUCCCAAGUAUUUAAUUGUAUUAGUAAACAUUGUUAGUAGAAUAAGGCUCUUUGAUAUCGUAAAAUGUCAUUUGCAUUUUUGAUAGCAAUUUGCAUUUACUUCAAUCUUGAAAGUGAAAAACUAUAAUACGAAUUGAGUAUAGAAUA